AUGGACUACAUGAGGCUGGGGCAGUCAUUGAGGGUGGUUAAGCCGAUACUCACUCCAUCUCAAAAUUUGCGCCUCAAUCAAGUUUUCUUAAGGGAGGAGAUUGAAACUUCCUUGAGACAAAUGUUUCCUACUAAGUCUCCAGGAGUGGAUGGUAUGUCGGCACUGUUUAAUCAGAAGUAUUGGGGGGUGGUAGGCGAUGAUGUGGUAGGGUUCUGCCUUAAUGUCUUGAAUGGGGGUGCCAGUGUAAAAGAAAUUAACCACACACUUUUGACGCUCAUUCUUAAGGUAGACAAACCAGUAAAAGUUACUGAGUUUCAGCCGAUUAGUUUGUGUACGGUGAUCUAUAAGAUGAUUUCCAAAACUAUAGUUAACAUGUUGAAGCCUAUUAUGCCUCUUAUCAUCUUUGAGUUUCAGAGCACGUUUGUCCCUACAUGGCUGAUUACGGAUAACAUUAUUGCUGCGUUUGAAAGCAUACAUGCUAUUAAACGGCGGGGUGGGAGUAAGCUGAAGAAAAUGGUAUUAAAGCUUGAUAUGUCUAAAGCUUAUGACAGAGUGGAAUGGACCUUUAUUGAGGCUAUGCUUAAGCGCUUGGGCUUUAACGACAGAUGGGUAGAGCUAAUCAUGGAUUGUAUAUCCACUGUUACAUACUCUGUCUAA